UAAAUUAAUCAAUUCAUGUUUCCCCACAGGAAAAAGUCUGGUGGGGUUGAAUCCGGACUCCUAGGUGACCAUGGAAUGUCACCUCAGCGCGAAAUGAGUUUUCCAGGAAAUACCUCCUUGACGACUGCCAAACUCUCGUUUGAGGUAUGGCAUGUGGCGCCAUCUUGUUGAAACCAUGUCGCACUAUUGUGCUCGUAAAAUUCUGACAGCUGCGGGAAAAAGAAAUUGCGAAACAUGGCUAUGUAUCGCUCAGUAUUUACUGUCACAGAAUUCUCUCGCUGGUCUUCAAAGGAGAAGGGUCCGAAUAACUAUUUUGUUUAUUUACGUGCCAAUUUAAAUGAAAAUGGGCUUCGUCUGAAAAAAGAAUAUAUUUAUUAAUAUUUCGGAGCUUUUUGAAGCUCCAAAACACGCUCUAACAUUCUUUCGACGAAAUCAUGUCGUAAAUUGUGAUUAUUCUGCUUCAAACUUGCACUAGUUAAAGGUUAUAGAGGUGCAAUUGUAAAUCAUUUGUUUCAAAAAGUCGAUCUUGAUACAGAGAGCUCAGCUGAUCGCUCGAGUUGAUUGCCCAGGAUUGCGUAGUACGGAAGGUCCGACUUCGUUUAUAAUUUCCUCUGACCGUUUUGUCCUUUAGGUUGCCUUCGUUGCUUCGUUGCUUUAGGGUGACCUUAGGUUCUGAUUGAGGGUCGAACCGGUAGCCUCGAACUUACUGACCCACGCCCUAAUUAAACUUUCACUCGGACACUGAUUUAAGUCAUGUAAUCCAUAGUAAGAGCGAAAUAAACGUCGAACAAUAACGCACGAAUCGGCAUUUUUGUACUUAUUUCUUACACAGAACGCACACCGUUCAGCCGUAAAGUUCUCCAUCGCGACUAAAUUAAAAAAAUCCGAGAACCGAGCUACAGAUCCCCAACUCCCGCGCUCCGCUCCCAUUCACCGUUCAACGUUAUAGCGUUUUUAAAUUUGUACGCCUCCGUGGCCCGGCUUGUACAUCCACAGAGUACUUGUGUAUAAUGUAUACCCUCAAAGGUUUAUUGAUAUAAACAAAUUCGAAUAUUUAAAUCGGGAGUAAAAGUAAAAUAUUAGUAAUCGUAAAACAGAAUAUACAGUAAAAUAUAGGAAGAUAUAUGAGAAUUAUACUACCGUGUAUGUAGUUAUUAUUUCUAAGGAAAUGGUAGAACCUGGUGUAAUAAGAAAAUUAGAUGAAGAUGUAGUAAAUCGCAUAGCAGCGGGAGAAAUAGUACAAAGGCCUGCCAAUGCUCUAAAAGAAUUAAUGGAAAAUAGUUUAGAUGCAAAAGCUACCAACAUUGUUAUAACAGUUAAAGCAGGAGGGCUAAAAUACUUACAGAUACAAGACAAUGGUACUGGUAUAAGAUUUGAGGACCUAAAUAUUGUUUGUGAAAGAUUCACAACAUCAAAACUAUGGGAAUAUGAUGAUCUGCAAGUUAUUGGAACUUAUGGGUUCCGAGGUGAAGCAUUAGCUAGUAUAAGUCAUAUAGCGCAUCUCACUAUUCUUACUAAAACUGAUGGCAGUAAAUGUGCUUAUAAGGCAUCUUAUGAAAAUGGGAAACUCAAAGGACUUCCAAAACCAUGUGCAGGCAAUAAUGGUACACAAAUAACUGUUGAAGAUUUGUUCUACAAUGUGGUAGCAAGAAAGCGUGCUUUGCGUAGCCCUAAUGAAGAAUACACACAUAUAAUGGAGGUUGUGGGAGGCUAUGCUAUUCAUAACAGCCAUGUUGGGUUCACCUUGAAAAAAUUUGGUGAAAAUACAGAUAUAAAGACACCAAUCAAUUCAACUACUGUUGAGAAUAUUAGAGUUAUACAUGGCAAUUCAAUAGCCCGGGAGCUUUUAGAAAUAGAAUUGAAAGAUGAAACCCUAAAGAUGUCUGUUCAUGGAUUUAUCACAAAUGUCAAUUAUUCAAAUAGAAAGGGCACCUUACUUCUCUUCAUCAAUCAUCGACUGGUGGACUGUGUAUCAAUACGAAAAGCAUUGGAUGCCGUAUACGCAACAUAUUUACCGAAAAAUGCGCAUUCCUUCGUCUACCUUAGUAUUGAAUUAGACCCUCGUAAUGUAGAUGUGAACGUGCAUCCAACAAAGCAUGAAGUUCAGUUCCUGUAUGAGGAACAAGUGGUUGAAAGGAUUAAAUGUUGUGUGGAGAGUAAACUUAUCAGCUGCAACUCUUCACGGGUGAUGUAUACGCAGGCGCGACUUCCGGGUGCAACUGCUGUUGAAGAAAUCGUUAAGAAAACAACUGAUGGCGCUAAAGUGUAUGCGAAAGAUUUGGUUCGUGUUAGUUCAGAUACUCAAAAAAUCGACAAGUUUUUUCUGAUCGCCGCCAAAAAUGAUGAAAUCCAAAAUGAAAUUAAAAAUAUUCACAAAGAAAUGGAAGCUGACGUAGAAACACGUGAAAACGAUAAAGAAAGAACAGAUAUACGAAAUGAAACAGAAAAUUCACCAAAAGGGGUCGAACGAAGUAGAUGGAAAGAUAUUAAUAUAAAUCAGGCAAAUCUAAGUUACAUCGAUCCAAAAGAAUCGUUCAAAACGAGACAGUUCAAGUAUGAGAGGGUAGAAACGAAAUUGACGAGUGUAAAACAAUUGAGGGUAGCCGUAGAAGAUAGAGUUAGUAGGAAUUUGAGAGAAAUUUUGGCGAAUUUAAUCUUUAUAGCCUGCAUUGAUUGUCACAAGUCGCUGUUUCAACAUUCCACGAAGUUGUAUUUGUGUGACACAACUAGGAUUUCUGAAGAGCUGUUUUACGAAACGAUAUUGUACGACUUUCAAAACUUUGGACUUAUCAAGAUGUCGAACCCAUUGCCCUUGGAAGAAUUAUUUGUUUUGGGACUCAACACCAAUGAGAGAGAAUGCAAAGAUGAAGGUGAUCUCAGGGCAAUGGCGAAAGAAAUGACCAAGCACCUACUGAGCAAAAAGGCGAUGCUGUUAGAGUAUUUCUCAUUCGAAUUGAAUGACGAAGGAGAAUUGUUGGCUUUACCCUUACUUCUUGAUGGCCACACACCUUUCAUGGGCGCACUACCAAUAUACCUCGUACGACUAGUCACCGAAGUCAACUGGGAUUCUGAAAAAGAAUGCUUCGACACACUUAGCAGACAAACAGCGAUAUUUUAUUCACAACCAAACCCCGACGAUAACGAAAACGUGUUGAAAUCGGAAUUUUGGAAACAGGAACAUAUAAUUUUCCCAGCUAUAAGGCGAUAUUUCCUCCCCCCAACCAGCUUUGUUGAUUCAGGUGCGAUUUUACAAAUAGCCAGUUUAAGUGAUUUGUAUAAAGUAUUUGAGAGAUGUUGAGUUGAGCAAAUAAAUGUUUUUAAUUUA